UCACGAGCAGGUAUCUCCAGAAGAUCCUGGAGCUCAGUUCUUGAUUCGUACUGGGUCUGUUGGCCGAAAUAGGGCUGAAGCCUCUUUGGAGCGAGCUCAGAAUCUUAACCCCAUGGUGGAUGUGAAGGUGGACACUGAGGAUAUAGAGAGGAAACCAGAGUCAUUUUUCACUCAAUUUGAUGCUGUGUGCCUGACUUGCUGUUCCAGGGAUGUCAUAGUUAAAGUUGACCAGAUCUGUCACAAAAAUAGCAUCAAGUUCUUUACAGGAGAUGUUUUUGGCUACCAUGGAUACACAUUUGCCAAUCUAGGAGAGCAUGAGUUUGUGGAGGAGAAAACCAAAGUUGCCAAAGUUAGCCAAGGAGUAGAAGAUGGGCCUGAUACCAAGAGAGCAAAACUUGAUUCUUCUGAGACAACGAUGGUGAAAAAGGUAUGUGAAAUGUCGGGGCAGAGGUCAGAAACCCUGGGGCCUUGGAGGGGACAGGCAAUGACGACUGAAAGGGAGAAAAGCAAGCACUUCUUGAAGGGGUGGGGCCGGUGCUUGUCUCAUCUAAAGGGAGGCUGCCACAGCUUAGUGUCAGCCAGCUGUUGCUGUGAGGGAAUGUGGCCCAGUGAUUCCAGAUGAGAUUUUUCAAGACAG